CCUCGCAGCCAGCCAGGCGGCCAAGUUUCCCGGGGCUCCGGAUGAAAGUUGGGGGGCGCCCGGGGGGCGAGCAGGUGGGGGGCUCUUCGGGGCACGUCGCAGGGGCCCGCUCGCCAUGCCCCGGGUCUUCCUGGUGAAGAGGAGGAGCCCGCUGCCCGCCAGCCGCAGCUGGGACGAGUUGCCCGACGAGGAGCGAGCCGACACCUACAUCCCAGGAGAGAUAAAGUGUGUCCUCUUGAACUAUCGUAGCGAAGACAGCAGCAGCAGCAGGGACACUGAGACGGCCAAUGUCUCUGCCCCAGAAUCCACCGCAGAGGAGGCACUUCUGGACUUGGCAGUAACCCACCCCACAGUCAGAUCCAAAAUCAAGUUCACCACUGGCAUCUGUGGCAAUGCCUCAGUGCACAAUUGUGAGUUAUGCGGGAAGGGAUUUCGCUUGCAGCGCAUGCUCAACCGCCAUAUAAAGUGUCACAGCCAAGUGAAGAGACAUCUGUGCACCUUUUGUGGGAAAGGAUUCAAUGAUACCUUUGAUCUGAAGAGGCAUGUAAGGACCCAUACAGGAAUCCGUCCAUACAAAUGCGAGAUCUGCAACAAAGCUUUUACCCAGCGCUGUUCUCUGGAGUCGCACCUUAAAAAGAUCCACGGGGUACAGCAACAAUAUGCCUACAAACAACGGAGAGAUAAACUGUACGUUUGCGAAGACUGCGGCUACACGGGCCCGACGCAGGAGGACUUGUACGUGCACAUCAAUAACGUUCAUCCCGAGAGCACUUUUCUGAAGAAAACCUCAAAAAAACUGGCAGCCGUUUUGCAAAACAAACUGACCUCUCCGAUGGAAAUGGAUCCUGAAGAGAGCAGGGUACAGCAGUAAUGCUGCAUGGGAUUGCAGUCAUCGAAUACGCUGAAAUGAACGUGCUUCAGAGUUAGGAUUGGCGGUUUCAGGGUCUGAGGAAAAAUGCCAGCGUUGUUGCCAACUUGUGAGAGUCUCCAGAAGAAAGAUUAAAACCUCAAGAGGCCAUCGUGUGCUGGGCCUGAGAGGUUUGGAUUUACUUUGCCCACUCCUCUCAGUCUGUCGGGCUCCUUCCUCUCCAAGGUAUGAGGCACAGCCAGGGGCUUCCCGUGGACUGCCCGGUACCGCCUUCUGUCCUCCUCAGAUGGUACUAGGCUUAUUCCUCCUCCUGCCAAGCCCACCCCUCAACUCCCAGGGUCUUCCUCCCGAGUCUCAUGUAACACAGCAAUCUUAAGAAGAACAAACUCCAAAAGGAAGCCAGGGGUUUUUGAUCACAGUGACUCAAUAUGACUGCUUGCAGGAUUCUGGACAAAUUAAACCUCCCCCAUUACCUUUUUUUUAAAAAGAGAAACAAACACCGUGAAUCAUAAUGUAAUGGUUCUAUGAAAUCUGAAUACUGCAUGAUUCCUUCAGUCCCACAAGAGCAUUUGUUAGUGCUGUGCCAAUGGAUGUAAAGUAUUUAACAGAGAAUUUUACGCAAUUGGGGAAUGUUGGUAAUGGGACCAGAAUGAACACAAAUUAAAAUGAAACUUGUUUGUAAAAA